CGAACAGGCAUUAACAAGGGUCCCUACAUAUGCAAAUACGAGCGAGGGCUGACCCUCCUAUAAAAGCCGACCGUGGCCGGCACAGACCCUCUGACACUUGGCGGAUUUACAUGUCACAGCUCCACUGUGAACAUGGUGAAAUACUUUUCUGUGGACUGGCUGGCCCAGAACCAUCACAAUACCAUUCAGGGGCACUGUGCUGACAUGGACACGACCCUUACCUCCAAACCUCACAUUCCCUGCAUGGUGCAGCCAAGCCCGCCACCCUUUGGCAAAGGUUACCUGCAGAUAAAGUCCAAAGCAGUUAAACGCUUCGAACACGUGGGGCCAGCGGAGAGCUGCGGGGCCGAGGACUCAACACUGUGCUCGCCACUGGAUUCAUCAAACUGCACCACACCGAUUUGUGACGUCAGCGAGUACCUCUGCGGGUAUGAGAGCGACCCGGUUUCCUCGGAUAGACUCUCCAUGGAUGAGGGGAACGAGGGGAGAAAAGACGCUGGACCCCAACGCCGAGUGCGCACAAAGUUUUCGCCCGAGCAGGUCAAGAAACUGGAACGGAUAUUCAUCAAGCAGAAAUAUUUGGACGCAGGGGAGAGAGAGAAGACGGCACAGAAGCUGAAUCUCACAGAAACUCAGGUGAGGACCUGGUUUCAGAACCGAAGGAUGAAGCUGAAACGGGAAGUCCAGGACUAUCUCACUCCCCAAGUCCCGCCGGUCAUUUUUCAGCCUCUGCCUCCGGUUCAGUACCACAGCAUGGCCGGACAUCUACCCCAUUACUCUGCUACGGGCCAUCCCUUUUACCCAUUACCUGUCCCGCAGCUGCUCCCCCAUCAGCACAUACCUCCUCACUACCCUCAUCGAACAAUGAUACACCACCCACAUUUCUACUGAGGAACUGUCACUUUAGAGACUUCUCUUUGCCCAAAUGAGCCGAAGAUGUGUAAUCAAAGAGGUUUUUUUUGUUUGUUUGUUUUUUAUAUUUGUGUGAUUUUAAAUAUUGUAUAUAAUUAAAACAUUUUGUAUGCAAUUAAAGAAACAUCUAUUUAUUUAAUAAAU